UCUUCUCUUUUGAUCUUGGUGGAGAGAGAGAGAGAGAGAUAGAGAGGAGGAAUGGCGAUCGACGACGACCAGUCUAAAACUUGCGUCGUCCUCGGAGGCAGAAGCUUCAUUGGAAGAUGUCUUGUUGUGAGGUUAUUGAAACUAGGUAAUUGGAUCGUUCGAGUUGCCGAUUCUGCUCAGUCCCUCCAACUCGAUCCUUCUGAGUCCAAGUACGACUCGCCUCUCAACCGUGCUUUCUCUACUGGUCGUGCUUCCUAUGCCCACGUUGAUCUGCGCCACAAAAGUACAAUCAUUAACGCUAUUGAAGGUUCAGAAGUCGUAUUUUACAUGGAUGAUAUUGAUUCUUGCAAUCAUGAUUUCUAUUUUGGUUACUCAAUAAUUGUUCGAGGUGUGAAAAAUGUUGUCAAUGCUUGUCGGCGAUGCAAAGUUAAGCGGCUAAUAUACAACAGUACUGCAGAUGUAGUGUUUGAUAAUUCACAUGAUAUAAUCAGCGGAAACGAGACACUAUUAUACUCUUCAAAAUUUAAGAAUUUGUAUUGUGAACUCAAGUCUCAAGCAGAGGCACAUGUUUUGCUUGCUAACGACAUUGAUGGGCUCCUUACAUGUGCUCUUCGCCCUAGCAAUGUUUUUGGACCUGGAGACAAGUUUCUCUUGCCAUCUCUUAUCGAAGUUGCAAAAUCUGGUUGGGCCAAGUUCAUUAUAGGAAGUGAUCAGACCAUUUCUGACUUUACAUACGUGGAAAAUGUUGCUCAUGCCCUAGUUUGUGCCGAAGUUGCUUUGGCUUCUCGCAUGUUCAUUGUGUCUGGAAAGGUAUUCUUCAUCACUAAUUUUGAGCCAGCAAGAUCUUGGCAAUUUGCGUUGUGUAUGCUGGAGGGGUUAGGUUAUUACAGGCCGAUCAUCAAGCUUCCGGCUGUCGUUGUACGGUUGAUUGUUUUUCUCAUAAAAUGGAUGCAUUCAAAUAUGAACUUCAGAGACCUUAAGCAUGUUUCAGUUCACAAUGUAAUCCAAUUAAUGUCACACACUAGAACUUAUAACUGCUCUGCAGCUGAGCGGCAUAUUGAAUACUCGCCAAUCGUUUCACUGGAUGAUGGUAUCACAUUGACUGUCAAAUCAUUCACUCAUUUAGCUAAGGAUUUGCCUUCUACAAGACUUGGUGACUUAAUUGAACAAUCAAAAAUGGAGGAGCUGCUAGGGAGUGGGGAAGUUGCAGAUAUUUUAUUGUGGAGAGAUGAGAGGAGAUCAUUCUUAUGCUUUCUUGGAGUGGGUUUUCUCUAUUACUGGUUUUGUGUUUGUGAAAGAAGGAUCAUCUCCUCUACCGCUUACCUUCUGCUACUCUUGAUGGUUGUGCUUUCUGGAUAUGCUAGACUGUCACCUAAAGUCUAUGGAUGUUCUAGAAUGUCACCUAGAGUGUCGGUCUGUUCAAUCUCAAGGACGAUACCAUGUUUUGAGGUCUCAGAAAUGUGUAUGAGGAGUUCUGUUAGAACCGUAGCAAACAUAUGGAAUGCAGUAGGUCAUGUAGCUAGAUCACUGGCAGAAGGUAGUGACUGGAGUUUGUUUUUCAAGGUUGUAGUCUCAAUCUAUCUUUUCAAGUUGCUCAUCGUGAACUUCUUCCCCACGUCACUGGGAUUAGGGUUGGCGUUUUCGUUUAUUUUGUUCUUCGUUUAUGAGCAAUACGAUGUUGAAAUUGAUGGAUUAAUAGGGAUUGUGUUUGAAAUAAUAAGGCAAUGUGUGGUAUGUGUGACAAGUCGUAUACCAGUGCCAACGCCAUCUCCUCUAUGUAUCAACACCAAUAAACCUGCAAAACUGAAGGAUCAAAGUUAAGUGUAGUGGUAUCUGAUUGCAAACAAAAACUUGUAGGUAGUUAGAGAGUCUAUCUAGCAUGUUUGUAUAUGAAAAUUUGUUUCAACAUAUAGUGUGCAACUCUAUUUCAACAAAGAGAAAAAGAGCUCAAA